AUGAGCGCCCCUCCACCUGCGGGCAAUGGCCCCCCGCGCGGCCCCCCGCGGCCCCCCGGGCGCCCGCAGUUUCUCCCACACAAGCCCGCUGGUGCGAAUCCGCUAGUGGCAAGAAAGAAGCCGAGACCGAAGCCAGCAUUCUCGCGCCCGAUGGCGAAACCCGCGAACGGGAAGGGCGGUUUGGAGGAGCCAAAGGAGCAGAAGCUGAACGACAUGAGCGAUCUUUCGAUCCGACAGCUGGCGUCGGUGCGGCAACAGAACGGCGGCUGGACCGAGAAGACACCAGCUAAUUACAAGGAUUUCCCUCUGGUCAUGACCAAGCGAUCGAUGCUUGAGGGCCUGCGACACCACAUCAUGCGCCUUAGCAAGGCGAAAGGUGAGGCGAACAGGGCCAAGCCAGAUACCAUUGUCGACAUCACAAACCAGGACCAGUUCCCGCGCCCUGUGACCCUACUGCGACGUGACCCGCGACUCCCGCCGGCUUCCCGGAUGGUUGUGAAGGAGGACUCGGAGCCGCUGGACCCUGCCGAGGUCGCCGAGUUUGAGCGCGCGCGCCAGCUCAAAGCCGACAAGGAGGCGCAGCGAGCCUUGGACCAGGCACAGAUUGCGCCUGUUGCUCGGCCAAACGAGCCGAAGCCCAAGCCAAACAACAAGAAGGAGAAGCCGACGGCGUUUUACGGCCGGAACUCGGAUGCGCAGAAGAAGGAGUCCAAGAUCCACUACGAAGAGACCUGGCCGUGGCACUUGGAGGAUGCCGAGGGUAAGGCGGGCGUGUGGGUGGGUUCCUACGUUGCCAGCCUGUCGGACAUCAACGUUGCGCUCGUCAUAGAUGGCGCGCGCUUCCGCAUGAUACCGCUGGAGAGAUACUACAAAUUUGACGAGAAGCCAAAGUUUGACACCCUCUCCUUGGACGACGCGGAGAAGAUGAUGUACGAGGUCAAGGAAAUCAAGCGCUGGGUCAUGAAGCAGAAAGACCAGGAGUUGAUGGAGAGGGAGCGGAACGAAACGCGCCGGUUCUUGGGUGGCCCUGUCCGCGUCAAGACGGAAAGCGCCACGUCACGCAUGGCGCGCCGCAGUGAGAGGCAGGACGACUUUGAGCUCGACAUGUCGGGUGACGAAUUCCAGGACGACGAUGAACAACCCGGGUUCGAGGCCGAUGACGACGAAGAUGCCAAGGAUGCCAAGGAUCGUAUCCGCCGCGAGCAGGUGUCGGCCAACACGUUUGGCGCUGGAGAGGAGAGCAAGGUUGAGAAGGAGGAGCGGGAGGCGCAGCUGGAGAAACUCAGGAGCAAGAUGAUUGGCAAGCAGACAGUCAAGACCCUGAAGAAGCUCGAGCAUGGCCAGGACUACGAUGACUUGGAGUCUGGAUCGGAUGAGAACAAUCCGUUCACUGACGAAUCGGCCUCCGAGGAAGAGGACGAGGACAAAGACAAGGAGUCAGAGAAGGAAGACGAGGAGGCCAAGAAGAAGGAGCCGGGAGCCGCAGGGGCCAAUAGCAAGGGUAACACCACGCCGUCUGGCAAGCAGAGGGCCGUCGACGCCCUGAAGAAGGGCAAGCUCAAGCGGGCCGGCUCGCCCACCGUCUCAGAGUCUAGUGACAACGAGGCGUUCCGCAAGAAGCUCAAGACGGGCAAGACCUCGGUGCUCCCCAGCCGUGGAGGCACGCCGAUCCCCGGCCGCCCCAAGCCGGUGGUUGCGGCUGCAGCUGCGGCUACGGCAAUGAGUGACGGCGAGGCUACCGCUGGUGAGGGGUCUGACGGCGGCGCUAAGCUCAAGAAGAAGCUCAAGGUGAAGCCGGGCAUGCGUCCCGGGGCUACUCCCUCCGGGUCGCGGGCUGGCAGUCCCGCUCCGGGCGCCAACCGACCCGCCAAAGCCGGCGGCGCCACACCUAGCGGCUCGCCACCCCCAGGCCAGGCCGCCGACCGGAUCCAGCCGCACGAGAUCGCCGCAGCGCUGGCUCCGUACGCUAAGGACGGUAUCACGCUGGCGAACCUGAUGAAGAAGUUCCCCGGCCGCGUCAAUAGGCCCGGCACGGUCACGACAUCGGAGUGGCUGCAGAUGGUUAGAAUUCAUGCUGCGUGGGGGGAGGACAAGCUCCUGCGGCCCAAGAACCCGUCUGCGUCGUAG